CGGCAGAGGGAGUCUAUGCGCGCUGGACAGCAGUGGGAGGUGUGUGAGGCUCGUAUUGGCUGCAGACCCUCGGGCGCAAUCGCCGGGGAACUAGGACUCGGCGACGGGGCUGCCGGGCUACCCGGCCGAGGCUUCAGAGGCACAAACUGAUGAGACUUGCUCGCUCGACCGCAGCGUCCCCCGCGCUUUUCUAAGUACGCUGAGCGGGGCCCGCGCUGAAGUAGAAGCUGUCGGGGGCGCGCACCCCGGAGUCCCAGGGUGGCCCCGAGGAACGGAGCUCGUGCCAGGGCGACCCAGUCGGGAGCCCGGAGACCGAGUUUGUGUUGCUAGAAGACCCCCACUUCUUCCCGGGGGUGCCGAUCCCGGGACGGUCGAGGCGUCGGGGCGGCCACCGAAUCCUCAGCGGGGAGACCUGAUCGGGGAGAGGGCGCGCAGUCCCGAAUAGUCUCGGGGAGCCAAGCGAAAUCGGGCGGGAUCGCCCGGGGGCGCAGAGCCCCCGUCGUGCCUCGUGCAGCGGAGAGGCCAGGGGAGCGAGCCCUCCGAGGCCGCAGCCCAUGCCCGGGUUGGGGGCGGCUGCCCAGUGAAUCCUCCUGGCUGGCCGGGCGGAGAAGAGCGACACCGAAGCCGGCGGGAGGUGAACACUUCAAGGCCAGUGGCCGCGGAGGAUGGGCGCCUGAGCGUCUUGGAGCGCAGCGCGGCACGGGAAGGCAAGUCGAGCUUUACUGAGGAGGCGCCUGGGAAUCCCGAAGUGCAGCCUGCCCCCGGGAAAAUGGCCCGGCCUGGGCAGCGUUGGCUCGGCAAGUGGCUUGUGGCGAUGGUCGUGUUGGCGCUGUUCCGGCUCGCCACGCCGCUGGCCAAGAACCUGGAACCCGUGUCCUGGAGCUCCCUCAACCCCAAGUUCCUGAGUGGGAAGGGCCUGGUGAUCUACCCAAAGAUUGGAGACAAACUGGACAUCAUCUGCCCCCGAGCAGAAGCAGGGCGGCCCUAUGAGUACUACAAGCUGUACCUGGUGCGGCCCGAGCAGGCCGCUGCCUGCAGCACCGUGCUCGACCCCAAUGUGCUGGUCACCUGCAACAAGCCAGAGCAGGAAAUCCGCUUUACCAUCAAGUUCCAGGAGUUCAGCCCCAACUACAUGGGCCUGGAGUUCAAGAAGCAGCAUGACUACUUCAUUACCUCUACAUCCAAUGGGAGCCUGGAGGGCCUGGAGAACCGGGAGGGAGGUGUGUGCCGUACACGCACCAUGAAGAUUGUCAUGAAGGUUGGUCAAGAUCCCAAUGCUGUGACGCCUGAGCAGCUGACUACCAGUCGGCCCAGCAAGGAGGCAGACAACACUGUCAAGAUGGCAACACAGGCUCCUCGUGGUCAGGGCCACCUGGGUGACUCUGAUGGCAAGCAUGAGACGGUGAACCAGGAAGAGAAGAGUGGCCCGGGUGCAAGCGGGGGUGGCAGCGGGGACCCUGACAGCUUCUUCAACUCCAAGGUGGCAUUGUUUGCGGCUGUUGGUGCUGGCUGUGUCAUCUUCCUGCUCAUCAUCAUCUUCCUGACAGUUCUGCUACUAAAGCUGCGCAAGCGGCACCGUAAGCACACACAGCAGCGGGCGGCCGCCCUCUCGCUCAGUACGCUGGCCAGUCCUAAGGCGGGCAGUGGCACAGCGGGCACUGAGCCCAGCGACAUCAUCAUACCUUUACGGACUACAGAGAACAACUACUGCCCCCACUAUGAGAAGGUGAGUGGGGACUACGGGCACCCUGUCUACAUCGUCCAGGAGAUGCCACCGCAAAGCCCGGCGAACAUCUACUACAAGGUCUGAGCACCCGGCGCGGCCUCGGGCCCCAAGGGACAGUCGGCCUGGACCGCACCUCUCCCUUCUCCCCAUGUCCCCUUCCCUUGCCAGCUGUGCCCACCUUUGUAUUUAGUUUUGUAGUUUCUUGGCUUUUAUAAUCCCCUUUUGCCCUGCCCCCUGGGCUACAGAGGGGGUGCUUGUGCCCCCAACCCCCAUGCUCUUGUGCCUUCCCCCUCUGGCCAGGCCUCUGGGCUCUGUGGGGGCGCCCCUUCUUGGGGGGCAGGGUUGGACGCUGAUAGCAGGCGGGGGAUGGCCUCCUGGCCUUGCCCCCUCCCUUGCCCCUCCCCCCCUUCCUAGGACUGCUUGUCCACUAUCAUCACUGUUUUUUAAAUGCUUUUGUGUUCAUUUUUUAGCUGUCAACUCAAUUUCAUCUGGUUUUGGGGGGGAAGAAAAAUGGAAAAAUGGAAAAGGCAGCCCCUCCCCAGGCUUUCUGAGCCGAACUUGGCUCAGUAUAAGAGGGCCUGGGGCUGGGGCAGGCUGGGGCCAGCCAGGAAGCAUAGGAUGGCAUUUCUUUUAUAGACUCCUUGGCAUUUCUUGGGGGUGGGGGUGAGGGAGCUGGCCAGGGCUGUUCCUGCCUGUGAGGGAGGAGGAGAAUGCUAUUGGGCAAGGUGUCCCACCGGCCCCUACUGUACCCCCUUCUACCAAGCUGAUCCCGGCAGUGGGGUAGUGGCUGCCACCCUUCCACCAAAAAAAAAAAAUCCUUUCCUUGUGGGAUUCUUGGGCAUCUACUGCCUCCCUCACUCUCACGGUAAUUAACGUCUUAAUUGGCUGUUGCCUGGGGAACAGGAGAGCUGCUGCAGGCAGAUGACCUCAUGGGGGGUGGAGGGAGGUGAGGUGCCCAGGUGGCUAUUUGCCCUGCAGAGCUGGGAGUUCCCCCCCACACACACACCCUGUUCUCUCCUCAUCUUUAGCCUGGUGGGGAAACAGAGGCCCAGGCAGAGACCUAAGCGGGUAUAAGGCCAGGUGGCCUUCUCCUUUUCUGGACUCUAGCACCGGUUGGUGCCCCUCACCCAUCUAGCUGCCACUGCCCAUCCCCUCCCAAUCUUGAGCUGGGGCCUGGAAAGAGGAAGAGGCUGCCUGGGGCUGGGCCAGCCUGCCGUGCACUUUGACCCUGGCUCCUUGCCAGCACGGCUAACAGACUGCCACUUGAGUGCACCUUGCAGGCACUCCCGGAGCGGCCAAGGAAGGAGCUGGGCCUUACACCAUCCACCCCCACACUGCCUCCUGGCCAGCUGCCCACCCCAGCGUCAGGUGGGAGAGGGAGCAGAACAGCCAGCCCUUUCCAGGUGGCAGUCGGAAGGGUUGUUUUGUUUUUUGUUUUUUGUUUCUGUUGCCAUUUGUGUAAAUACUAGUCUUUUUUGGAAAAAAAAAUAAUGUAAAGAUGUUUUGUAUAAACUCUGAAUUAUU